ACAAACCACUUGUUCGAUACCCGGCCAAAACACAACACUAUAUUUAUGUAUGAUUAGUUAGUUAUUUAGUUUAAUGUGGCCUGGGAGAUCAAAGCAGCAGCUUCAGUUGCAAUUGCUACCUUAGUCCCCAACUACCUAUUUUUCGUUUCUUUACAUCUGAAGAUCAUAGGCUGGGAAGCUGUUUUUCUGAGUGGGAAUAAUGGAGAAUGAAGACGGAAAGGGUAACGACGUUAACGGGCUUGUCUCCGUUGAAAACCCAAAAUCACAGAGCCGCCUUGGCCGGUUGUUUCAACGGCAAUGCUACCCGCCGCACUUUUUCAACAAGGUGGUUGCGGAGGUGAUAGCGACGUAUUUGUUGGUGUUUGUGACGGCGGGAUCGGCGGCCAUUAGCGCCAGCGACGCGCACAGAGUGUCUCAGCUAGGAGCGUCCGUGGCCGGCGGCCUCAUCGUCACGGUCAUGAUAUAUGCCGUCGGACACAUCUCCGGCGCCCACAUGAACCCCGCCGUCACCUUUGCCUUCGCCGCCUUCCGACAUUUUCCAUGGCGACAGGUACCAUUUUAUGUGGCCGCGCAGCUGACCGGAGCAACAUCGGCGGCGUUCACUCUCCGUGUAAUACUGAACCCCAUUACACGUAUCGGCACGACAACACCGUCGGGGGACAACUAUGUUCAAGCUCUCAUCACGGAAAUCGUUGUCACGUUUUCUAUGAUGUUUGUCACCUCAGCUGUCGCCACGGAUACCAAAGCUAUUGGGGAGCUGGCUGGCAUUGCAGUGGGUUCUGCCGUUUGCAUUACUUCAAUCUUUGCCGGGCCGAUAUCGGGGGGAUCGAUGAACCCAGCAAGGACCAUUGGGCCUGCAAUAGCAAGCAACGAUUACAAGGGCAUAUGGAUCUACAUUGUCGGACCUGUUUGCGGGACGCUAUUGGGGGCAUGGUGCUAUAGCUUUAUCCGGCUUACAGACAAGCCGACCCAUGCCGUCCAACCGCAACAUUUGCCGUCAUUCAAGUUGCGGAAAAUGAAGAACAACGUUGAACAGACGACUGCUGAUCCUGAGGAUCCCCUGUAACCCAGAAACCAAAGUUUCUUGGAUGUAAAUCUGGCAAUCCAUUAUGUGUUUGUACCUAAUAACUAUUAAGUGGCGCGAUAGUGCUUUGUCUCUAUUUAAAAUGUUAACUUAAUGGUUGGAUUGCACAUUUAUGUUUAUAUAUUAUACUGGUUUUUCUUA